AUGGCUGCCGCUAGUAUUGCUUCAUUCACAUUUGAAAACUUAGUUUCUAAAGUACAGGCCAUUCAAAAUCAAGCAACUCAGUUCGAAAAUGUGCUUAAUCGUCGUUGUCAAGAAAACAGUCAUGUCAAGGAUCGGUUGAAAUCUCGUUCAUUUACAUUCAUAGACCCUUAUGGACACCAUCUCACUGAUGAGUUUUUCGAUCAUGAUUUGAUCAGUAAAGUCCUCAAGCACUUCAAGAAAAACUAUGUACCCAAGUAUCUACAAAAAUGGACUCAAGUUGGUAUAAUGAGAGAAAAUACGCUCUCAGGGUUGACUGAUGCUCAAUUAAACUCACCUGUUUCUCAUUUUGAUACUCACUUUCAAUUCAUUGCAUAUGGUCCAGUGACUGUGUGGCUCGGGAAAGUGCCACAGUUCGCAAAACCAUAUCGAGAGAGUUGGCUCAAUGCCACACACCUACAUGUAAACGAAACAGUUAUGUCGUGUCGAUUAUACGAAGAAGAUGCAGUCAUCAUGGCUAAUAUUGUCUCGAACCAGAAUCUAGACGUCAAUGCUGAGUUUGAUAUAUGUGUGAAAACGCUCACUCACCUUGUGAUUUAUUUGUCUGUUUGUCAAUCAGAUACUGUGCAGAAUUUGAAAGAAAAAAUACAGGAUAAAGAAGGUAUUCCUCCCGAUCAACAGCGUUUAAUCGUUGCGGGUGUUCAGUUAGGAGCUGAUGCAACAAUAGGCGAAUAUGACAUACGAAAUGGGACAACACUUCAUCUAGUACUAAGAUUACGUGGCGGAAUGUUUCAUAGUACCAGUGGAAGAGAGAACUUUGAUUAUCUGUUGUAUACUAAUACAACUGUCGUUAAAAACAUUUUCAAAUUUCACCGUAACGAUACGAAACAAGCAUAUUGUCUGUCAUCGAGGAAGUUGCAAGAUUUCAUUGAACAAGCACAUAGUGUUUUAGCUGAUUUAUACUACGGAAUUGAAAAUAUUGAUAUACAUAUGCCAUCUUCCGAUCUAAAGGACGACAUAUUUCCACGGAUGAAUAAUCAAGAAGAAAGCAGUGACGAUGAUAGCCAGUAA